AUGCCUCUUCAAGCAUGGUUCGAAUCAAAAGUCGCUCCCACAGCGGAAGCCUUAGCAGCAGGUGAUGGAUGUCAUCCUGAUGAAGCGCAGGCACUAGCCCGCUACCUCAGCGGCGAUGCAGACAUUCAUGAGACUGCGAUACGCAUCACAUCACCUAUACAGUCUGAUACGAAUCCAUCAGAACAGACCUACAGGCUGUGGGCACUGAUUUGUGAGGCCAUAGUGGAACUCAGCGAUGAAGAACGCCACAAGACAAUAAGCCUGCUAGCUGCUAUACGGGAUCUGCCACCAACAUCAUCUGGACUCGCACUGUCAAAAUUACCAGGGUUCGCAAGCAUGUGGGACACUCUGUAUCGGCUCCAUCUACAUGGCCCAGAUGGCUGGGAGAAAGAUCUCGAAGGCCUUUCUGACGACAGGAAGGUUGAACUUCGACGACAUUUCGAUGCCGUUGGUACAGCAGAGGCAGAAAUGUUCCUUCAAGACCUUGUCCCAGCGCAAUGGGGGUUCAAAGUAUUGGAUCUUUUGUCUUCGAGCCGUCAAGGAAUCGAUGUUUUGAUGAGCGAGAUCCACGCUUGGUUGAGAGUUGCGGGUUCCAGACUCCGGGAAGAAGUCAGGAUGGAUGAUGCUGCUGCCGGGCCGGAUAGAGUCGCUACAUUGGAGCAAUGGACGAAGUGGAAGAUUGCCCUGGCUUAUCCGAGCAAAGAGGGAAGCAAAAUCUCGGAGGAAGGGCGCAGAUUGGCCAUACAGUGCGUCGAUCGCAUGUGA